AUGAAAAAAAAAAUUUUAAAAAAAUGUGAUAUCGAAUAUGAGAAUGACAUUAAAAGUGGCACUUCUCCCUUGGUUUUUGAUUUUAGCAAACCUUCUCCUAUUCCCAGCAACAACGAUGCAAAGAAUCUGGAGUUGAUUAAGAUAAUCAAUGACUUUGGCAUUUCCCAUCAAGCUUACAAAAAGCUUGCCACCCAUUUCAACAAGAUUCUGGAACUGUCAACUGAGAUCACAUACAGAGCAUGUACUCCAUACCUUGGCAGUAAGCUCUUAAAGUGUUACUCUGAUCUAGAAGAAAACAUCUACAGUGUCUGCCCUAAAGGUUGUAUGAUGUUCAAUGAGGCCCACAAAAUUGUAUGCAAACAUUGUGGUGAAGAUUGUUAUAAAGCAGAUAAAAACAAUAAGGAUGGUAUGCCAGUUGCUGCAAAGAACAUGGUUCAGAUUUCUUUGGUGAGACAGCUUGCUCUUGUGUUGGCCAACAGUACUACCAAAGCUGAGAUGCUUUACCGCCACAACCAUGAACAGAUUUCUGACGGUAGCAAAUCAGACAUCUUUGACGGACAUGCAUAUCAAACAAGAGACAUCUUUUCACCAAUGAGAAUGAUAUUGCCAUUUUGCUUGAUAAUCCUGAAUGCCACGAUUCUCAACCUUCCACCAAUGGUCUAUUACAAGAAAAACCAAAUGUUGCAAAUUGAAAUGAUCCCAGGCCCAUCCGCACCACUUGACUUUUGGUCUUUCUUGAAGCCAACCUUGUUGGAACUCAAGGUACUCCAAGAAGAAGGAAUGGUAGUCAAAACCCAGACUGCAAUAAUUUGA